AAAAUGGCUUCGACCCUGCCCGUAACCACGAUUAACCGGGGAAGAUGACGGUGUUUAGCUUUUUAAGUCGGUUGAACGUCAAGUGUUUCCCUUGAACACGUAGAUAAUAGUGAAGUUAACAAAAACAAGGAGACUGUCGGCAGAAAAACGGCUAAAAAUACCACAGACCACCGCAUAUUUUUGUUGGGCUGAGGAGCCGCUAUGGAGGAUAUCAACUCAAAUAUCAACGCGGACUUGGAGGUGCGGAAGCUCCAGGACUUGGUGAAGAAACUCGAACAGCAAAAUGAACAGCUUCGGAGUCGGUCCACGAUGUUGUCCUCGUCCGGAGCGAUGUCAGGGCACCACAGACCCCUCAGCGACGGAUACGAGCCGUCUUCCCUGACAGCGGGGAUGGCAGCCGGGCUGGCCGGCUUCCCUGGGGUGGGGUUCGUCGGUACGGGCGGCUACGGUGGGCUGCUGGAGAACAGCCGCUGUUUGAGCCCCAGACUGUCUUACGACGGAAUCAGCUUCAGGAGGGCGUAUGAAUAUGAGGGGGCAUCGGCUGCCGCCUCUGUGUCGAGUAUGAACUCACUUUAUUCAGACAGCAUCGGGGGGUUUACAGACGAAGGGGAAACAUCAAUCCUAGAUGAAGUGGAAAUCUUAGACCUCGAAGACAUGGAUUGUCUAAACGAAGAAGAGGACAGCUGGCUCUAUGAGGCCAAACUGAACAGUCCCUUGCAGAAAGCCUUGAGUCCUAUUGUGUGGUGCCGCCAAGCUCUCGACAACCCCAGUCCUGAGAUGGAAUCAGCUAAGCGCUCCCUCAUCCACAGACUGGACCUCACCAUGUCAGCUAACAAGCGCAGGAGCCUGUAUGGAAGCCCCUACAACCAGCAGAGUUAUGGAAGCCCGUAUAGCACAAACGCAGCCAACAGCCCUUACAGCAGUGGCUUCAACUCCCCCUCCUCAACCCCCAGCAAAGUGCCCAUUGUCAGACAGCAACUAAUGCCCGGGAACGCAGCACACCAGCGAAACUCAGCAGCUGAGAGGAAUCCUCCAGCGGUGAGCCCGCAGUCGUCAGUGGACAGUGAGCUGAGCACCUCAGAAAUGGACGAGGACUCAGUGGGCUCCUCGAAUACCUACAAACUGAAUGAUGUCACUGACGUCCAGAUACUGGCACGCAUGCAGGAAGAGAGUCUGAGACAAGAUUACGCUGCGACAGCAUCCAGACGGAGCUCGGGUUCGUCCUGCCACUCACUGCGGCGCAGCACCUUCAGCGACCAGGAGUUGGAUGCACACAGUCUGGAGGACGAUGAGGAGGCGGUGCACCCUGCGUUCCACCUGCCUUCCAGCCGCUUCAGCCCCUCUCCUCGCCACUCUCCCCGCGCCUCCCCCAGGAAUUCGCCCCGCUCUCGCUCCCCUGCCCGCUCUAUCGACUACAGCCACAGCCGCGGCUCGCCUCAGCCCAUCAUCAGCCGCCUGCAGCAGCCUCGCCACUCGCUGCAGGGCCACGGGCACGACCUGCAGACCAACGUGGUGAAGAACGAAGAAAAACUACGUCGCAGUCUUCCCAACCUCACACGCUCCUCAGCAGCAUCGGCGGCGCAGGGCCCAGAGCCCGUUAAGAACAGCCGCAGCUGCGAGUCCAACCUGCAAGUGCCAAACGGUGGCUCUCCUCGACACCAGAACCAGUCUGCGACAGGAGCUCAACUUCCGAGAUACUCGACCCCAUCUCGCUCCUCCCCGAAACCUAAACAGCACCUCCAAAGCCCAACAGCCCUGCGAGUCCCCUCUCCCAGUAAGCUGCGAACUCCAGCCACGCCGUCCCCCCUGGCCUUGAGGCAACCGGUAAAGGCCACAUCCAACCCCGGUUCAGCCACCUCCACCCCGACCCGUUCCCUGGCUCCUCCACGCAGCGGCCUGCCCCGGCCCAGUGCUCCUGCAGGAGGAGGGGGGAUCCCUCUGCCUCGCAGCAAACUGGCCCAACCUGUGCGCAGAUCUCUUCCUGCUCCUCGGACCUACGGCGGCGCAGGAGACAACUGGAGAGAAGGUUGUUACUGAAACGGGCCAGCAGAGGGCUCUCCAAUCAAACUAUCAACACAAGGAGGCAGACAUUACAACAUGGCACUUUAUCUACCUAGAUACUUUAACAGUGAAGAGAGAGAAAUAUAUAUACAAGUCAGAAUUUAAAAAAGGAGAGGACAGUGUCCACAUCAUAUCACAGAGGAGCUCCCACCAUGUUCCUCUGUGUGGUCUGGCUCUGGAGGGGUCAGGCAUGUAGUGCUGACGGCCCACAAGAUGCCAAAGAAACCAGCCCGGCUCCAGCUCCGCCAGCAGAGGACGCAUGACAUCACCUGCCUUGGUUUGACUGCAAUCAUCUGUCAGACAGUUCAUAUCACUUCAUGGCCCGGCUUUCCUCCCACUCCUCUCCCCUGGUCUUCUUUCACCUCCCUCAGGUUGAAAUGUUUCCACACAUUUCUCUCUUUAUGCUCUGUGUUUUACAGAUGUCGGUGAGCGAUCUCUAUGAUGAUGCUGUGCAGGUGAAAUGUCCCGUAUUGUUAGAGAAUUGUUGAUGUCUUGCAACAGUAAAAGCACCUCGGUGUGGGUAUGACAUUUAAGAAUCUUUCCUCUUGUAAGAAAAACAAAAAAAAGAAAUCAGCCAGAAUGUAUGCACAACUUUGGUUUGGAAAUUAUUUAUUCAAAUUAUUUAAAGAAAUGUAUGUCCAAACAUCCAUAUCAGUAUUUUGUUUGAAGAUUUCAGUUGUAAAAAAAAAAAAGUACAUUUUGAACCUCAACUGCAAGCUAA